AUGGCCGCAUCGUCGGCGCUUUCUGCCUUGCAGGGCCGUCUCCUGGCCUCCUUCACAAACCGCCUCACAUUAUUGCGGCCAACAACAGCACCACACAUCACAGCCUCCACCUCCACCUCCACCACCCGCCCAUUUUCGUCCUCGACGCCGCGGCCGGCCGGCCCCCCACCGGGCGCCGCCUUCCACGGCGGCCAGCCCAUCCGCCGGUCCAAGCGCCACCAGGUCGACCGCGACCCCAAGAUCAAGAUUCUCGACAAGGCCCUCUACAAACUCAAGUUUGUGCCGCCGCCGCUGCGCAUGGGCCGCAACCGCUACCUGCGGCACUGGACGAUCCACCGGGCGUGGCUGCUGUUCCGGCGGCAGCAGCGGGAGGCGCGCGAGCGGGAGCUGAUGCAGCAGUACCAGAGCAUGGCGAACGCGUGCGAGGCGCUGCGGACGAUGCGCGGGCCGGGCUUGCGGGACGAGGGGUACCUGUACCGGGUGGCGAUGGAGAAGAAGGGGGUAUACCGGCACGGGGGCGUGCCGAUUGAGUAUGCGCGGAUGCAGACAGAGACGCCGGCGCGGGAGGCAUGGAACCACGACUGGAAGCGGUAG